AUGAGAAUAGAUCAGGAGAGAAUUAGUAUCAAAGAAGAAGACGAAGAAUCUCCAACUCCAAGCAACGCCUUCAUACACCGCCACCGCCACCGCUGCUGCUUUCAUUUCCCUUGCUUUUACUCUUCUCCAUCAUCCACCACCACCCAUCAUAUCAUCACCCUUGGUGAGGGUGAGAGGUCAACUACUUCCUCCUCGUUUUGGGACCGUUUCCGCUCCCGUGAGGCUGAGAAUCGUUGGUGGGCUCGCCCUUUUUGGGCCUUGAAGAAGGUUCGUGAAUGGUCCGAGAUUGUCGCUGGGCCCAAGUGGAAGACCUUCAUCCGCCGCUUUAAUCGCCGCCGCCAUAACCAACGUCAUCAGUUCCAGUAUGAUCCACUGAGUUACGCCCUUAAUUUCGAUGAAGGGCAAAACGAUCAUUUCGAGGAAAGCGUUGCUCUUCAAUUUCCCGAUUUCUCUUCUCGGUUUGUCGCCGCUUCAUCCAAAUCGCCAACACCAACAGAAUCAGCAAAAGACUUCAGUAACGGUGCGCCGGCGUGCUAAUUUGCGCUUCUCUUGGUGUGCCAGACUGGCAUACGUGAAACGACAAUAGCCGGAAAGUGACUCGACAUCAAUUCAUAUUUGACUUUUGAUUGAACACAGCUGGCGUUUUCUUUCCCAGUUAUUUUUUACUUCUAAUUUUUGCAUGUAAUUUAUUUUGUCUAUAUAUGGUGAAGUACUUCAUGUAAUUUACUCGUCAUACUAAAGAAUAAAAAUAUCGUUUCCUGCAAACAAA